AAAAAGUAUGCCAUCGAUGUCUACAGACGAGGACCUUUCAUCCAUAAUUAGGCUAAAUCAUUCCAUCUCCUAACCUACCCCUCCUAGUAAACCCUCCAUUCAAAAAGCAAAGCCAAGCUACAGCACCAAGAGUUUCUAUUUACCCUCCUCAACCACCUUAACAAACCGCCUAGCAUAUUCUCUCCGUCUCUCUCUCCAUCGACCUUUCCUUUUCUUGCCCCUCGUCCUCUUAAACCUUCAUCACCCGCUUUUGCAGCUCUUCAUUCAAUCCCCUAAAAAUCCCUUCACAAAAGCAGUCAAAACCCAUUUUAUACUCCUAAUUGUUUCUGUUUUUCUCAAAUCUAUCAGACCCAGAAAGAGAAGAAUUCAAUUUGGAUCUCCACCGCUCAAUGUGGCGGCCGUGGGCUAAAUCAACAGUUAAGAUUCACGAUACCUCGUCUUCUCCUUUCUCUUUCCCCACUUUCAAAGAUAUCCAAAACCUCUGCACAGAGGACCACCCCUCCAGUCACAUAAAAAAAUCCUCCUCCAUUUUCCACCGGGUCCGGGUCGCCAACACCUUCCUUCGCUCCCUCGCGUUAUCCUUACCCGAACUAAAACCCGGACCCGAACCAGAAAACAAUGCCUCUCCAACCCCUAACAAAACGACAACACCACCGCUUCAACAACAACCUUCUAUUACAAUCCCGGGUACCGACAAGCGAAUUGUCGUCUACUACACAAGCCUACGCGUGGUUCGUUCAACAUUCGAGGACUGCAAGAUCGUCCUUUCUAUCCUUCGUGGGUUCCGCGUUUUGAUUGACGAACGAGAUCUCUCAAUGGAUUCAAGUUUUUUAAACGAGUUAAAUCAGAUCUUCUCGAACGGUGGUGGUUGCGGUCGGAAGCUGACAUUGCCACGUGUCUUUAUCGGAGGGAGAUACAUGGGUGGAGCCGAGGAAACCAGACAGUUAAAUGAAUCAGGUGAGCUCAAGAAAAUCAUAGAAGGGUUGCCUGUAGCGGAUUCUGGUGUUUGUGAGGUGUGUUGUGGAUACAGGUUUAUUCUAUGUGGUCAAUGUAAUGGGAGUCAUAAGUUGUAUAUAGAGAAAGCUGGGUUCAAAUCUUGUACGGCUUGUAAUGAGAAUGGUUUGAUCAGGUGCCCUUCUUGUGCUGUCUGAUUUUUAUUUUUAUUUUUAUUUUUUAUUGACUUUGCUGAGGAAAAUUAGAAGGUUUGUUGUUAUUUCUUUUUGUGAUGUAAUAAUCUUAAAGUAGGUGACACGUUAAAAAUUUAGGAAACUAAGGUUAUGUUAACAUUAUAAGUUAAGAUUACUUCCUUUUUUUUAAUGAAAAUAUGAUCAUUGUGGGUA